UAAAUACAUAAGAAAAAUUUUGAUUUGUUGAUUAAAAAGGGUGGUAUUAAUCUGUAACGCCAGCCCAGUUUAGUGUUGAAAAACACAUUUGAAAUUAACCGCAUUUGUGUUUGGAAGGCGUCAGUAAUCUUUAGCGCGACUUUUUAUUAUUUUUUUUGCUUGCAAAAAUAAGAUAUUGCAUUUAAUGCAAACAAUUUGAAAACACUCUAAGUUUUUAUAUAGCAUAACAUGGAAAAUUCGCGACGUUCUGUAUGCGCUACUGAGGAUAGCGUGGCUAGCAUGUAUUUAUCCUUUGAUGAUACGCUCGCCAGCAAAUGGGAGUCUGUAGUUACAAGUCAAACCAGCCACUAUUUGGAAAUAAAUGCUACAGACAUGAACACUACACUCGAGGAUCAGAAAGUUAUAGAAAAAACUGUGUUAAAGUCCUUGAUAAAAGAUAACACUAUAACCGAUCAAGCGUCGCCCUUGCGUCCCUUUGACAUGAGUUUAUUAAACAAACACAAUGGUCUUUCCUCGACGCCAACCAAGAACAAUACAUUAAAGGACCAAGUACAAAAAGAUGUGAAUAAUACAGAUAUAGAUGAUAAGGAGAAUACACAACCAGAUGGAGAAAACUCGACAUUGUCUUCUACUAUAGACGCCACUACUUCAACUGUGAAGACCAAUACCAUGUUCCAUGAAGGCAAUUCUACAAUUGGGGAUGUUUCCACGCAGGACAACAAGAAUAAGAAUAAUGUAUAUCCGUUGUGCGCGGAUGUACUUUUAGAAAAUAUUACGGAAGUUUCAAAUGAAGAGCCUUCAAUGCAAGCCGCAUCACCAGCUAUAGUGUUGGAGGAGAAAAAGGAUGUGGACGAGAUGGUAAAUGAAGUAUCCAAUCUAAUUGCCAAGGCAUUGACACUGAAAGAAGCAGCCAAAAACCCUAAAGAGGUGCCCAAGGCUACACGUCAAUUGCCAGUAGCUAACAUGCCACGUCCACGACGUUCCUUCCUGCCCACCGUGGGCGGCACGCAAACAUUAAAACAACGCAUGUCGAUUGUGGUAAAAACUACCUUGAACAGUCCAGCGCGCAAAUUGGCUGCAAACAGUGCAGCCGCAGCGCGUCGUAGCUAUCUACCAGUAGGCAAGAUAACCCAGGGGGGCGUUGUUGGCAAUCGCAAAUCCUUAUUGCCACGUACGGCUGAAACCAAGCCCAGUUCCACUGCUGCUCCAGCUAAACCGAUCAUACCUAAGCAGCAGCCAAAGGACAGAGUUGAUGCGCCCAAGUUUAACUGCAAGUUAUGCAGCGUUAGCUUUUCUAUUAAGAGCAGCUUAGACUUGCAUAUGCGCUCACAUCAACCAAUUGAGCCGGCUAACAAAGGCGGCGCCAGAAAAAUAAGCAACUGUAAAUACUGUGACAAAAAGUUUGCGUUAGAGCGUGCGCUGCAUAUACAUCUCAUGCAAAACUGCGUCAAGAUACCACCUAAAGAAAAGCGCAAGCUGGAAUUUACAGAACUCAAUCAUCAGAAAAAAGCGCAGUUACCCAAGCUAACUGGAGUAGAGUCUUUUGGCGCCAGGCCGCGUGAGAGUUUAAUGCCCAAAAAUUUUGCUCAAAGUGAAGUUCCACCCAUGGCGCCGCCUUCAACAAAAAAGGUGAUCAAGAAAGCACACACUGGCGUUUCUCGUACACCUACCAAAACUGUGCCUUGCCAUAUUUGCAAACAAUCCUUUAAGAGCAUACUCGAGUAUACAAAUCACUGCUUGUCGGUUCAUUCGCGUAGCAAGGAGCAACAGGAGACAGCUAAAGCAUUGACUGCCCUAUUAGAGUAAAUCACUUCAGUUAAUUUAAGUUGUUUAAUAAUACAAUUCAAUCAAAUUCAGUUCAGCUUAUAUUUGCUUGUCAUAAAU